ACGUAGCAGAGAUCGCGCAACCAGAAAUAUGUGAUCCCCAGCAUUUGGUGUUGAAGGCCACGACGGAUGGCUGCCGCGUUCUUCCCUCUGUCGACCUCACCGCCGCUCCUCACCCGCCGCCCCGCAGCAGGCCUCGAACACAGCCGCCGGCCGCCGCGCGGGCAGCAUGGCGGCUGCUCCGCGCGCCGGUUGCCGGCAGCAGCGACCGCCGGCGCAACACGCGGCCUGACACGGAGAGCCACGGCUGCUGCUGCGGCGGCGGCCCAAGGCCGCGCUCUGGCCGGAGAGGGCGCGGAGGAGGGGUCGCUGCAGAUGGUCCUGCUCAGCACCGCGGUGGCCGUGUGCGGUUCCUUCGAGUUCGGCACCUGUGUUGGGUAUUCUGCGCCGGCUCAGGCCGGAAUCGUCGGCGACAUUGGACUGUCCAAUUCACAGUAUGGCAUCUUUGCAUCUGUCUUGACAGUUGGUGCAAUGGUCGGCGCUCUGACCAGUGGCCGCCUUGCAGACACUCUUGGACGCAAAAUGACCAUGCGGCUGGCAGCAAUUGUAGGCAUUUUUGGUUGGCUUGCUAUAUACCUAGCCAAGGGCGCAACGAUGCUCUGCUUGGGACGAGUCUUGCUGGGCUACUGUACAGGGGUCCUUUCUUAUGUGGUACCUGUCUUCAUAUCUGAAAUAGCACCAAAGGGUCUCCGAGGAGGCCUUGCAGCCUCAAACCAGCUGUUUAUUUGUUCAGGGUGUUCAGCUUCCUACAUCAUUGGAGCAACGAUUCCGUGGCGCUCUUUGGUUAUCGUGGGAUUACUGCCUUGUGUGUUCCUCCUCGUGGGUCUUCCCUUCAUUCCCGAGUCUCCAAGGUGGCUGGCCAACAUCGGGAGAGAGAAAGAAUUCCGUGCUUCACUACAAAAGCUUAGGGGUGAAAAGGCUGAAAUAUCUGGAGAGGCUACUGAGAUUAUAGUUGGCUUCUACCCUAAGUUGCUCCAUUUAUCAACAUAUAAUUUGGGGAAGAGGAUAUUCCAAAAAAACAAUCUCUUAUUCUUAUGCAGGCGUACGUGGAAUCAGUUCAGGAUUUACCUAAGGCCAGGAUUCAGGAUUUGUUUCACAGGAAAAAUAUGUAUGCAGUCAUUCUUUGAUGUACAGGUGGGUGUCGGCCUGAAGGUCUUUCAGCAACUGGGGGGAAUAAACGCAUUAGGCUUCUAUACAAGCUAUAUCUUUUCAUCAGCAGGGUUUUCUGGUAAACUUGGGACCACAUUGAUCGGCAUUAUUCAGAUUCCAAUCACAUUACUUGGGGCCCUUCUCAUGGAUAGGAGUGGAAGAAGAACCCUUCUACUAGUGUCUUCAUCUGGCACAUUUGUGGGCUGCUUUCUUACUGGGCUAUCAUUCUACUUCAAGGUAACCGUAAACUUGUUUAUUCCAUGGGGCAGUCCAACUUAAAAUUUGAACUGGAAAUCAUUUAUUGAUGCUAAGUUGCUAAUAUAAGCCAUUACGAAAUCUCGGGAAGAAACUUGCCACAGUUUUUAGAAGUUCUGGCUGGUCUUUUUGCUCGCCAAUUUUUUGUCUCCUUCAACACUAAGUUGAUUUGAUCAUCACAUAGUUCGUAUUUCUCAGACCGCGUCAAUGGAUGCGGACAUGUCGAACUUAACUAUCUGAUAAUAGUAGUGCCUGAAUGCAAACAUAAGGUAACCGCAGUUAUUAAAGUUCCCAGCUAGUACGGAGUAUUUGGCAAUGGGACAAAAAUACCAGACUGCACAAGCACUGACUUCCAUGUAUGAGGCUCUAUUAAAUAAACAUGAUUGAAGGGUGAAAUAUCAACAGAUCGAGCAGAUCAAAUCGACAAAAAUAAAUAGUUGAACAAACGUGACCUGAAUUUACAUUUCAGAAUGUUCGGUGCCUAUCAUUAUACAGAGUAUUGACUUUCUAUCUUUUCAUGAUCACAGGCACAAGGAUUGUACACACAAUUGGUUCCUACAUUGGCUCUUUACGGCAUACUGGUACAGAAAUUACGUAACUAAAACAUCAAUAAUUUUGUGUGAUCCCAAUGUAAAAAUGAAAAAUUGUGUACCUAGUUCAUCACCACCUAGACAUCUAAGAUGGCAAUUUUUGCUGGCAUAACAUGUCUGAACUCCAGAUAUGUAAAUUCUGACUCCUUACUGAAUAGGCAUACUAUGUGGCAUACUCAAUUGGAAUGGGACCUGUUCCUUGGGUUAUCAUGUCCGAGGUAUGAUAUAUCACCAUGAAGUUAAUUAGGGAUGAUGCUCGCAUUCCUGGUAAUCUGUAAGGAGCCCACGUUUGUAACUGACGACAUCUCAUUGUUUAUUGGCAAAGAUAUUCUCAAUCAACAUGAAAGGAAUAGCAGGAAGCUUGGUAACCCUGGUUAGUUGGGUUGGUUCAUUCGUGAUAUCGUAUUCGUUCAGCUUCCUUAUGGACUGGAACUCUGCAG